AUGUCCUCGUCGCAGCUGUUACUCGACUUGGUGGCCGGCUGGUGGACGGUAGCGGUUCUGGCGUUGUUCGCGGCCGCGGCGUACCACUUUUGCACGUCCACGUUCGGCUACUGGCGCGACCGAGGCGUCCCGUACGUGCGGCCGACUGUUCCACUGUUCGGCAACAUCGGCGGGCUGGCCCUGGGCGUCGAACACCAGGCACGCAUGUUCAGCCGGAUCUACGACGGGUUCCGCGGUCACCGGUACGGCGGGUUCUUCCAGAUGCGCACGCCGCACCUGAUGGUGUGCGACCCGGCGCUAGUGAACCGAGUGCUGAUCGGCGACUUUGCGCACUUCACCGACCACGGCAUGUACACGGCCGGCCCGGACGAGAACCCUCUGGCCAACGGGCUGUUCAACAUGAAAGGCGCCCAGUGGAAGAUCAUGCGGCAAAAGCUGAGCCCCGUGUUCACCGCCGGCAAGCUGCGGCACAUGCGCGGCCAGGUGACCGAGUGCAGCGAGCAGCUGAUGCGCAACGUGGCCGCGGACCUGCCGGCCGGCGGUGGCCAGAUGGAAAUCCGCGACGUGCUCGGCAAGUACUCGACCGACGUCAUCGGCACGUGCGCUUUCGGACUGCACCUGAACGCCAUCAACGACGAGCGGUCCUCGUUCCGUAAACACGGAAAGGCCGUGUUCGCGCCGUCGUUCCGCGUGCUUCUCAAGGAACUGGCCUGGAUGGUGACGCCGGCUCUGAGACGCGCGCUCCGCAUCGGCGACAUGCCGCCGGACGCCGCACAGUUCUUCACCACCGCGUUCACCGACACGAUGAAGUACCGGGAGGAACACAACAUCGUCAGAGACGACUUCAUGCAGUCUCUGAUCCAGGCCAGGACCGACUUGGUAGUCAACAAGACCGAACCGUCAGUUGAAUUCUUGGAAACGGAUAUCGUGGCAAACGCAUUUAUACUAUUCGCUGCUGGUUUUGAAACAGUGUCUACGGCGAUGAGUUUUUGUUUGUAUGAGCUCGCAUUGAAAAAACCAAUACAGGACAAAGUGCGAGAAGAAAUGAACAUGAUGAAGAAGAAACAUAACGCUGAGAUUGACAAUGAUUUUCUAAAGGAUUUACAUUAUUUGGAAAUGGUAUUAGCUGAAACUUUACGGAAGUAUCCACCACUUUUAACACUGUUUAGAGAAGCUACGCAGGAUUACCAGGUACCCGAUGACACAUUUGUAAUCGAAAAAGGUACAAAAGUUCUUAUUCCUGCCUACGCAAUUCAUCACGACUACAGAUACUAUCCCGAUCCGGAGACGUUCGACCCCGAACGGUUCUCACCAGAGGAAAAGGCUAAAAGACCAAAUGGAACUUAUAUGCCGUUUGGCGAUGGACCUCGCUUAUGUAUAGGGAAACGAUUCGCAGAAAUGGAAAUGAAAUUGGCGUUAACCGAACUUUUGACCACGUAUGAAGUGGAACCAUGUGAAAAAACAGACAUUCCAAUGAGAUUCAGUAAAAGAUCACUAAUUAUUACGCCUGAAAAUGGUAUUUGGUUAAAAUUUAAACCCAUACACGCAUCUAAAUAA